AACCUGCGGAGCAUCAGACCCUCCAGGAGUCGACUCAUGCGGGACCCAGCGGACGACCAAGCCAGCCGAGUCUGCGCAGAGGACACACCUGAGCCUGUGGGAGGCGGCCUGGGGGCGCGCACGCCGAUUGACUUUCCUCCUGGGUUUCUGACCCAUUGAUCUGUCAGCUUCCUGUAUAUUUCCUCCUGGACACCCCACAGCUCAUUUAGGCCCUCACUGUCUCCAACAUAGAUUACUGCUGUAGUUUCCCAACUGAUACUGCAGUUUUCAGCCUGCACCCUCCAGUCCGUUCUCUACAAAGCAGUCUGAACAGUCUUUUAAAAAGGAAUUCAAGAUGCUGCAGGAUGUGGCUGUGAAUGAAUCACAAAAGGAUAUCUGCGCUCAGUGGGAUCUCUGCAAGGAAGAGAUGCCAGAGGAGGGAGCCGAGCUGGUCUCACUGGAUUCUGAGACCAGGAAUAAGAUGAAGGACUGGAGGUCAAAGAUGGAAAUUUCUGGAGAUAAAGAUUCAGCGAGGGCUGUAUCAGGAAGACUCCAAAGACAGAUCUCCCAGGAAUGUGGGUUAGUCGGAACCAGUGAUCCUGAGGACAGGUUAUUAAGGCAGUGGGUAAGCCCCUUAGAGGAUGCAGCGAGACAGCCCCCUUUCCAAGAGAGAGGUAUCAGGGAACUGAAUGUCAUCCCCAGGAAAGCCAUUGCAGGAGAGAGUGGCCAUGGAUGUAAUCAAGGAGGAAAAAUACUUCCUGCCGGAGAAAGAUCCCACAGUUUUGAUGUCUGUGGCCAGAGCUUCAAACAGAAGUCAGAAGUAACUGAACGUCAGAAAAUUGAUAAUACCAAGAAAACUCAUGAAUGUAAGGAAUGUGGAAAAAUUUUCAAUCGGAGCUCAAACCUGAUUAUACAUCAAAGAAUUCAUACAGGAAAGAAACCAUAUAUAUGUAAGGAAUGUGGGAAAGACUUUAAUCAAAGUUCAAAUCUUAUUAUACAUCAGAGAAUUCAUACAGGAAAGAAACCUUAUAUAUGUCAUGAAUGUGGAAAAGACUUCAAUCAGAGCUCAAAUCUGGUUAGACAUAAAAGAAUUCAUAGUGAGGAGAAUCCCUAUGAAUGUAAAGAGUGUGGGAAGACCUUCAAGGGAAGCUCAAACCUUGUCCUACACCAGAGAAUUCAUAGUGGAGGGAAGCCAUAUAUAUGUAAUGAAUGUGGGAAGGCCUUCAAUCAAAGUUCAGAUCUUAUAAUACAUCACAGAAUUCACACGGGAGAGAAACCCUAUGAAUGUUACGAAUGUGGACAAACCUUCAGUCAAAGUUCACACCUUGUCACACAUCAGCGAAUUCAUACUGGAGAGAAACCCUUCAAAUGUAAUGACUGUGAAAAGGCCUUCCGGCAGCGUUCACGCCUUACCGAACACCAGAGACUCCACAGUGGAGAGAAGCCCCAUGAAUGUUGUGAAUGUGGGAAAUCCUUCAGUGGGCGCACAACUUUUCUUAAACAUCAGAGACUGCAUAUGAGAAAAGAACUUGAAUGUGAAAAAACCUGCACUUCUGACUUGGACCUUACCAAACAGCAAAGAAUUCAUAGGGAAGAAAAACCUUAUCAAUGUACUGAGUGUGGAAAAACUUUCCGGGGAAGUUCAGAUCUAAUUCGACAUUGGAUAAUUCAUACUGGAGAGAAACCCUAUGAAUGCAGUGAAUGUGGGAAAGCCUUUAGCCAGAGGUCGCACCUUGUUACACAUCAGAAAAUUCAUACUGGAGAGAAACCUUAUCAAUGCAAUGAAUGUGGAAAAGCCUUCCGGCAGCGUUCACUCCUUAUUCAGCAUCAGAGAAUCCAUAGUGGUGAGAGACCCUAUGAAUGUAAGGAAUGUGGAAAACCCUUCAUCUGGCGCACGGCUUUCCUCAAACAUCAGAGACUUCACACUGGAGAGAAACUUGAAGAAUGUGAGAAAACAGUCAGCAAGAAUGCGUUGUUUAGAGAAGAGCAGAGAAUUCACCAAGAAGAGACAGCUUAUCCAUGUAAUCUUUGUGGUAGAACUUUCCAGGGCAGCUCAGACCUCGUCAGACAUCAUGUAAUUCACAUAGGAGAGAAACCAUAUGAAUGUAAAGAAUGUGGGAAAACUUUCAAUCAGAGCUCAGACCUUAUGAGACAUCAUCGAAUUCAUAGUGGAGAAAAACCUUAUAUGUGCAAUAAAUGCGGGAAAUCUUUUCGGGGCAGCUCAGAUCUUAUUAAACACCAUCGUGUUCAUACUGGAGAGAAACCCUAUGCAUGCCUUGAAUGUGGGAAGACUUUUAGUCAGAACUCACACCUUAUUAGUCACCAGAGAAUUCACACUGGAGAGAAACCCUUUGAAUGUAGCCACUGUGGGAAGGCCUUCAGUGGACACACAGCUUUUCUUAAACAUCAGAAACUUCAUACUGGAAAGGAACUUGGAGAAUGUGAGAGAGUCUUCAAACAGGACUCAUUCUGAUAGGUAACAGAAACCUAGUGGAUGUAGGAAAAGCCUGGUGGAGACCACAUCUUAUUGCACUAUAGAGGAUUUUUAUUAUUGAAAACCAUUUGAAGGUAGGAAAACAUUAGAAGAGUCCUACUGGAUGUAAGUGUAAUCAGGUAGAAAAGCUCUUGGACAUAUAAUAGCCUUUUCUGCCUCAGAGUUGACACUGGAGUAUGGUCCCUAGGAUAUAAUUACUUGAGAAUGUUUUAGGUGAUGUCUACUGUUACUAAAAUCAUUAGAAAUCACUUUGGCAACAACCCUAAAGACUAAGUUCUUCGUGGGAGGAGCCCUUUAAAUCUUGACUACCUAGUCUAGUGACAAGUAUAAAUCCACGUUAAGUCCUUUAGGGUGAUUAAAUCUUUCUCUGAGAUGAAUUCUUCCCCUUAGGUAUGUGUUUUACACAUAUUCCCUUUUAUUCUCCCUUAUAAAAAUAUGUGUAUGCAUAUGUGAAAAAUACUAAUUGGAAUGAUAUACUAAUUGAGAGAAAACAAAAAAAAUAAUAGAAAUGAAGCUAAACUGUCUUUGAAAGCAUCAGGGAACAAAAGGACAAAUCAAAGUCAAGUACGCAUUAAACAAUUCCAAUAAAGCUGGGAUAUCAAGGGCAAAAACCAAAUGAUAAGAGUCAAAGGGAGAUAAAGCAACAGGUAACUGACAACAGGUAACUGAAAGCCAGGACACAAGAACCAAGUGAGGAGUUUCCCCUGAGAAAGAGUACUCGUAGUAUCAGGAAAUGAAAGAGAAAGGGACAGGAGAACAGUAGGUUUGGGGAAUAGAAUUAGACUGAGUGCCAGGGCCGAGCAUUUAGGUGACAUGAGUUGGUGGGAAUUAGAAAAAAAGCAUCUACUAUAAAAGGUCAGGUGAUCAUAGGGGCAGUAAUUUUGUGUUGAACCAGGGCUUUGUAGCUGGGCACAGCUUAUUUGAGAACUGGAGAGUCUAAAUAGAACUCUGGAGAAAGGUCAGUCAUCAUUUAAGCUGAUAACUAAUUUGGAAAUUAGGCCCUGCCUAUCUGUGCAAUCAAACUCAAUUGUCAAAUAUUUCUCGUACUCUGAACUACUGGCAGAUUGCCUAAGAGUUUAUGUAAGUCUUCAGAUAAGAAAGCUAAUGAACGGGACAAUGUAAGGCAAGGAGAAUUUCAACCUCAUAUCUUUCCUUCAUGGGAGUAGCUUGUGAGAUGAAGGGGAUCAGUGGCUCUCAACCGGUGUGAUUCUGUCCCCAAGGGGCAUUUGGUAAUGUCCAGAGAUAUUUGGGUUGUCACAACUGGGAAGAAAAUUCGGCAUCUGAAGACCAGGGAUGUUACUAAAUAUCUUAACAAUACACAGCCCCCUUCCACCGCCACACACAUACACAACAAAGAAUUAUCUGGCCCCACGAGUCAUUAGUGCCAUGGUUGAGAAACCCUUGGCCAUCAAUAUUUAGAACAUCAGUCACCUGGGCCGUUUAAGCAAACGUUUCAGGGUGCUAUGAGCAGUGGCAGUGCAGCACCAGGGGAACCCAGAGCCUGAUAGAAACCUUUAGUCUGAUUGUUUCAAGAGGCAGACUGCUGUAGUGGAGGGAGUACAGACACGAGUUUGAAUCCAGUAUGACAUACUGGCUUCGUGACUGGAGCAAAUUAUAUAAGCCAUCUGGUCUCUAUUUUCCUCAUUAAUAAAAUAGUGAUCACAUAAUCUACCUCGUGGGGGUCAUUGUGAGGUUUAAAUGAGAAAACUGAAAUAUGUUGACACAUAGGAAGGCAUCUGGAGCUGUAAUCAUUUUAAAAACAGAAGAUGAAGUAUUUACAAGAAAAAUAUAAGGUGUGUAAGAUACAGUGAUGUCUUGCGGCUGGUAUAAAAAUUAUGACCUGUUAAAGUUCAAAGCCUGGGGGCUGUGGUUUCCCCAGAGGGACAUCGUGGGCAGUAGUGGGAUGUCUUGAAGUGGAAAAGCCCGUCCACACCAUCCCUGAAAGUGGCUGCUUGUGGAUGAUGUGGUACAGAAGCCUGCCUGUCCCCAUCACCCGUCUCAGAGGUUUAAGCUCGUUAGUAUAAUCUCACAUAAACAAAUAACAUUUUUACACGAGAAUAUCUUUAAAUAUAUUUGGGAAACAAAAGGAAUUCAAAAUAGCCAUCAUCAGUGAUACACUUGGAUUAAAAAUUAAAGAUACUUAAAUUUUUUGAGUUAUCCCAGAUUCUAACUAAUCAAAACCGUUAUAGCUAACAGGAAAUUUUAAUGUUCUAUUUUUGUAAAAGAAAGGAAUUAGGAAUUCAUUCUAGUAAGCCCAUCUCUGUGUCCUUUACCUGUACCUGCAGCGUUGUACAGUGAGAGUACUGUUUACAAGGAUAAACAGGAUGUUGAAAGGGACUUGAAGGCAAUUUAAUGCGGCAGUUUCCCGAGGCCCUCUCUUUUACUCUCCUGGGCUCUGUUUUAAAAGCUUUCGUUUACCAAACUGCAUUUAUUAAAGAUGAAUUAGUUCUUUAUUUUUUGUUAUUCAAAUGCAUGCAGUAUAACCACGAACCAUGCUUCUGAUUGGCGUAACAUAACCAGACUUAGGUAUUAAAACUCCAGCCCAGAUCAAACUACUUAACAUUUUCAUUAGCCUUUUUAUCCCUUUUGUGGGCAAAUACAUAAUUUCCUUUGAGCUUUUUAAAAUACUAACUAUUGCUUAAAAACCUCAGAUCGAAAACUAACCUUUUCAUUUCAUCCCUGAUAGAGCUUGAAUUAUAUUGAGUGUAUCAGACUUUUGAAAGCAGGGGGGGAUUUUUGUUACAGUAUGGAAAUGCUUUCAAAUGUGAAUUUUGAAAUAAAAGUUA